AUGGCUAAACCCCAAGGCUUCAUUGAUCAUGUGCAUCCCGAUUAUGUGUGCUUGUUAAGAAAAUCUCUCUAUGGCCUAAAGCAAGCUCCAAGAGCAUGGAAUGAGAAGUUUACUAGUUUUCUGCCAAGCCUAGGAUUCACUUUCUCUCAUUCUGAUCCAAGUCUCUUUAUUAGGCAUACUACAGGAGGAAUGAUUGCUUUGCUACUGUAUGUUGAUGAUAUAGUAAUUACAGGUUCAGAUUCAACAGGCAUUCAUGAGGUUAUAUCUGAGCUCAGUAUGGUGUUUGACAUGAAGGAUCUAGGUACUUUAACAUACUUUCUUGGAUUGGAAGUAGCCAAAGUUCAACAUGGUAUAUUUAUGAGUCAGACUAAGUAUGCCAAGGACCUUCUUGCCAAGACAGGAAUGGAUACUAUUAAAUCCUGUAGCUCCCCAUGCCUUCCUCACUAUCAAAUGACAAAGGACCAAGGUACUCCUCUCAAGGAUCCCACUGUGUACAAAAGUAUUGUAGGUGCUUUACGGUAUCUAACAUUCACACGACCAGACAUUGCAUAUGCUGUCAAUACUGUGUGUCAAUUCAUGACAAAUCCUACAGAUGUACAUUAUGCUGCAGUCAAAAGAAUCUUAAGGUACUUACAAGGGACAUUACAUAAAGGAUUGUUCUAUAGCUCUACUGGUGCCGUGAACAACACUGUGAAUGUUAAGGCCUUCUGUGAUGCUGAUUGGGCUAGAGAAGUCAUACAGAAGCGCUUUACCACUGGAUUUGUUGUGUAUAUUGGUUUAUGUCCUGUGUCAUGGCAGUCUAAGAAGCAAGGUACUGUGUCACGAAGCUUAACAAAAUCUGAAUACAGGAGUCUAGCCAACACUGCUGCUGAGAUUAGCUGGAUCAGACACUUGCUAUGUGAAUUGAAGAUCAAGAUUCCUCGCGCUCCUUUGCUCAAAUGUGACAACUUGUCAGCUUUGGCCUUGGCGUCCAAUCCAGUCUUUCACUCUAAGAUUAAACAUUUGGAUAAUGACUUCCAUUUUGUUCGAGAACGUGUGCAACACAAUGAUCUUUGCUUAGAAUAUGUUCCCACUAUAGAGCAGACUGCUGAUAUUUUGACAAAAGGGCUGCCUUCUCCUAUCUUUAGAACACACUGUGUCAAUCUCAGGCUAGUAACCCUAGCUGAGCUUGAGGAGGGGUGUUAG